AGGCAGUGGCAUUUUUGUAGUCACUUAAAUAGGUGAUAGUGAUACUGAUAUCAAUAGAUGUCAGCCCACACUAGCAGCCUGGCAUUGACAAAUAUUGCAACAUUCAAUGCCUAUAUAGGAUGUUACUAGUUGAGAUCAAUCCCAUUCAAGAACAAUGGGGUGUGCAGUUUCUGUCUACGCGGUUGGAAAAAAGAAGAAGAAGAACAUCAUUCCUGAAGUCAGCAUUUUCGUCCCUUCAAUGCGCGUUCCUGUUCAAUGUGAUCUCCAGAGGACACUUAAGGGUGUGAUUCCGAAGGAUCUUGUUGAUAGACUAACUUCUAUAAGGAAUCAGAUUGUUUUGAUCGCGCAAGAUACAGAUGUUUCUGCUAUCGAUGAAUUACAACAAGCUCUCGAGGAGUAUUUGUCUCUUCUUGUUGGCCUCACUAAAAAAGAAUUUGGGCUUCAAGACUUGAUUGGAUUUAAGUGGAGAAACUUAGAAGAUGGGCAAGAGCAGGAAAUGUCGGUAGCAAACUCCUGGUUUGAAUUACUGUCUGUUCUCCACAUGAUGGCAAUGUUAACAUUAGUAGAGGCAAAUAUGAAGUUAAUACCAAAAGACAGUGCUAUGACUGAACGUGUUGUAUCCGGAGAUUGCAUGAGGGAUGCUGUUGAUUUGCUGCUAAAAACAGCAGGUUAUUUGGAUUUCUGUGUUCAAGAUGUUCUUGUCCACCUACCACCUGAUGUUAAGAACAGAUUGCCUAAAGAUUUGCAUCGGAGUAUUCUUGAAGCCACAUCAAACCAAGCACUAGCCCAGGGAACUGAAAUUCAAUUAGGUUUGGCUCUUGAAAGUCAGAAUGCAACUUUAUCAGUGAAGAGGAGGCUGGCAUGUGAAGCAGUAAGCUACUAUGGACAGGCUCUUUGCUGCUUGUCUGGAAAUAAUAAUUUCAAUGGAACAGCGAAAAAGCAUAUAUUAUUCAUCAAAUGGAAGUAUCUUGAAGCAAAGGCUGCAGCUUACUACUACCAUGGUAUAAUCGUCGACAAGGGCACAGAACCUUCAUCCCACGUUAGUGCACUGUGUUGUUUCCUCGCAGCAGAAGAAUUACUUACAGAAAGCAAAAAGGCUUCAUUAAGUUUUUGCCUUGCAGAACCUGUGACAAGAACUCCUCCACCAUGGGGUGUUAUGAAACAUUUAAACAAAAAAGUUCCCGAAACGGCUACCAGAAAGUCUCAGAUGUAUGGCUACCUUUUGGAUCAAGAAAAAGGUCGAGCAUUGCCAGAUCUUCCUGAAUUUCAGUUGUCGCUCAAACCUGACGAAUAUACAUUGCCAGAAACAGAUUCAACAUGGAAUAGUGAAAUACCUGGACAAAGCCUCAAAGAACAUCUCAAAGAUUGUGAAGAUGGGGUGGAAACUGAAUAACACAAUGGACAUUUUGAAAUAUUUGUACAUUUUAACUAUAGAAGUGUAUUCGUCCAACAUAGGAGUAUUUGUGUAAACUACUUUUUAUCUCGCUUUUAACAUUUUAUUUUAUUAAUAUAAAGAGAUUCUUUAGGUUGCAUCUGA